AUGCCGUACAGUGAUGAGCAGUUACUGGGCAAGCUCAAUGGACUUGAUGAAACACAAGAAUCAAUCGUGGGGGCUUCAAAAUGGGUUUUAUCGUACUAUAGAGACGCCGAUAAGAUUGCUAAUUGUUGGAAAGAUUUUGUAUUAAAAUCAAGCACCAACACGAGAAGAAAGCUUUUAUCGAUUUACUUGGCGAACGAUGUGAUUCAGCAGGCAAAACACAAACGAAUUGGUCAAUUCAGCGAUUCUUUUGGUAAAAUUAUGCCCCAAGUAAUGGGGAAAGUGUAUCCAGAGUUACCACAGGAUUUAGGUAAGAAGGUCAAGCGAGUGGUGGAUAUAUGGAAACAGAGACAGGUCUUUUCGGAUUCGGUGCUAAAAGACGUUUUGGUCAGACUGAAAUCGCGGAAACCGGUUGAAAAAUCGGAUUUUGGUCGUGUUCCAGAAUUGAAACCCAUUAAUGAGAUAUUACAGCGAUUGGUAGGGUGUCAAGCUGGUAUUAGUUCAACAAGGACAAGAUUUGACUCUUCGGUCAAUGCAAUGGACCCAAGUAGUGUUGUAUACAUGGAAAACUAUAAAACAGUCGUAAAGAUUGGUCAAGCAGCGAAAGAUGCGUUGUCCAAGGCUAUAGAACAACGCGAAAUGGCAAUUCAAGAGUUUAAGAAAUUGCAAGAUUUCCAAUCGGAACAGCUGGCCCAAGAUCUGGAUAUGAUUCAAGAAAUUGACAGUGUGCUCGCCUCCAAGGAUCCCACGAGUCAAACGCCGGCAGAUGUGGGUGAAACUUUGGCCUUACCUACUUACGAAGCUAGUGACAGCGAUGAUGAUAGUGAUUCUGACCAUGGUGGGACCAAGCGUUCCAGAGACGAAGAAGGGGACCCAGAGGAUUCAAAGAAAAUUAAAACUGUUGCAUUGGGCCUUGAGGAAUCCGAAGAAACGGAGGUAGAACCAAGCCCAGCAGAAGUCGCUGCCAAUGCGUCUGUGACUGUGACGUCGAGCAUUCAAGAUCUGUUGAGUAAAUUGGCAAAUUAA